CUGUCCAUGUUUGAUUUUCAGACCUCAUAUUUCUGCUGCCUGGCAGGAUGAUGCUUUUCAUUCCAGUAAGAUAUGCAGCUUGAGGUUUGGACAUAGGCACUGAUCCUGAUGACAAAAGGGAACCUGUUUGACAAAAUGAAAAAAGUUGGACUUAUUGGGGUGUUGUUAUUACCCCAGGCAAGGUCGUCAUCGGGUUGUCAUCCUCAUGUGAAUCUCGUGGAAGAGGAAGAAAAGUGCAUGAAAGAUCUGCAACUUUUAAUUUCACACAAAGCAACAGAUAACAAUAUGAGUGUUCACUGCAAGGGAAUGUGGGACCACCUGAACUGCUGGCCACCAGCUUUUCUCGGGGAAACAGUUUCUCAACCAUGUCCAGAUUUUUUUGAUUCAGAAGGUAAAGUCCAACGUAACUGUACCAUUGAUGGCUGGACAGGUCUGCUGGUCCCACAUGCAGAUGCGUGUGGCUACACUUUCAAUGAGACACUCCAGUUUCUUGGAGAGUCCUCAGGCUCCCAUUUGUAUUUCUCCUUCGUGAAGACCAUGUACACAGCUGGAUACACGCUCUCCCUCAUCUCUCUUACCAUCGCUAUCGCCAUAUUCUGUCUGUUUAGGAAGCUGCACUGCACCAGGAACUACAUCCACAUCCAGCUCUUUAUCUCCUUCAUCCUGAGAGCCAUUUUCAUCUUCGUCAGAGACGCUCAGCUAUUUAAUAAUGAAGAGCUCUAUCACUGUGACUCCUAUCCGGUGGCUUGUAAGGUCGUGCUGAUGUUUUCCAACUAUUCCAUCCUUGCGAAUUACAGCUGGCUGCUGGCGGAGGGUCACUUUCUCUUCACCCUGGUGAGCCGCUCCUUCUUCUCCCUGAAGAAACAUCUCGCCUGGUACAUCGUCCUGAGCUGGGGUUUACCACUGAUUGUUAUAGUCUCCUGGGGGUGCGCCAAGUAUUUUUAUGAAGAUGAAGGCUGUUGGGAAACCAGGAGACACGAAUGGAUUUGGUGGAUACUUCGAGUUCCAGUCCUUCUAACUAUACUUAUGAAUCUCAUCUUUUUCUUGGGUAUUUUGAGGAUAUUGGUGAGCAAACUCAGAAUGCCAGACGCACAGAGGAAUGAAUUCAGCCAGUUUAAGAGGCUCAUCAAAUCCACAUUUUUCCUGGUGGCUCUGUUCGGCCUGCAUUACAUCCUGUUUGUUUUCUUACCUGUGGAGGUCAGCAGCUCUGUGUUUAAGAUAUGGAACGUUGCAGAGCUGGCUCUGUCUUCCACACAGGGUUUUGUGGUUGCCGUCCUCUAUUGCUUCAUGAAUGGAGAGGUGCAGCAUGAGAUUCAGAGGCGGUGGAAGAGGUGGAGGCUGACUCGGCCGCUCCCCAGUCGGCGGCGGCAGCAUCACGGCUCCAUCAGCCACAGCGGGUCUCCUCACACUCAGGUCUCCCUGUUGCCAUGCUCUCCAGGCAGCCCGACGACCGGCGGACCCCCUGUGGACACUGUGGAGAUGUGAUUCUAGCUGAGAUUGGCUCAAUACAAAACAGACCCUGGCUUAUUGCUGGCAGCCAACUGGUCCUCAUCUGCAACUUGAGUGUUUAAUGCAGGGAGACUAUCAUUUGAUUUGCUUGUAGUAAUUCAAUAAUUCAGUCUAUUUUCAGAAUUUAAUUAACCCUCGUGUCGUCCUGCGGGUCAAAAUUGACUUGUAUUAAAGUUUAAAAAUGUGGGAAAAAAAUAUAUUUUCACAGUGAAACUUCUGAUGUCCAUAUUUUCAACAUUUUUGGGAAAUAUUUGAACAUUUUUUGGUGGAAAAAAAGAAAUGUCAAAAAUGUUUCUUAAGAACAUUCACCAAAAAAUCAACCAAAAUCCAGCGAAUUUCGCUGGAUUUUGGUUGAUUUUUUUUUGUGAAUGUUCUUAAGGAAAAUAUUAGAAGUUUUACUGAUAUAUAUGUAAUCACUUGAGAUAUUUUUAGGAUUUUUUUGGAAGAUUUUUCCUAAUUUUUUAAAAAAUAUUUACAAGAAUUUUCUUGCCAAAUUUGGGGGAUUUUUUUAAAAAUAAAACUUUUAAGGGAAACUUUUAACGAAUUAUUGGAGUUUUCUUCCUGAAGGUUUUGCAAAUUUUCAGAAAUUUGGGGAAUUUUUCUUCUGAAUUUUUGGAUUUUUUUCAGACAAGGAAACAAUAUUUUUGGUGUCCAUAAAUGAGGACAACAGGAGGGUUAAAUGGCACUGCAGCUAUUUACUAUUUAGUAGCGCUUCACUGCAGCUAGAGGGUUUACAAAAUGAAGACAAGAAGGAAACGUCGGAAUUGUGGUCAAGCUAUCUUGACUUUGUGUAAUUAGAAUGGCUAAAGCUCUAAAACACUAGAUCUUACAUUUCACAUCAUGCAAUCUGACAGUUACUUUUCAUGAAUGUUGAUAUAUGUCUUUCUGAUGUAAUGCCCCAAAUUCAUAUAUUGUCUGUUAAAAUAUUCUUUAAAAACUUUAACACUCUAAUAUUCUCAGCGACAACAAGGAAACUGAUCGCCAUGUGUAAAAUUGCUAAAACAAACACAGUAAACUCUAUUUAGGAUAAGCGAAACAUCCCCAAUAUCUUGACGGCAGCAGUAUAAAAGUAUUAUUCACUGUUGUAAAUUUUCCUGUUGAGGGAAUUUGGGUCAAUUUCUCAUAAACUUUUAUAUAAUACAACUUCUUUUAGCAACUAGAUAAGUUGCCCUCUGCUGGAUGUUAGAAAGAAUGCAGGCACUUCUUCUUUGGCUUCAUUUUUCCCACCACGAUGCCUCAUCCAACUUUUAUGUAAAGUCCAAGAAUAAACAUCUGUGGGACUGAA